AUUUUUUAUUUACAUUUGUAUUUACCGAGAAAGAAAUAUAGAACGAUAGAAAUAAUAAUCUGAUUUAUUUUAUGUAUCUUUCUGUGGUGAAUUAAACUCUUAAGAUAAAAUGAAUAUUGCGGAUAGGAAUAAAAUUACCCAGCAUUUAGUAGAACUAAUAGAACUAACAAAAUUAGACAUACUGCUACCACGUUUACUGCAAAAAAGAAUUUUUACUGAAAGCAUGAUUGACAGAUUCAAGAAUAAGCUGGUCACAGAAAGAGAUAGAAAAAGAGACUUAUAUUUAGCAGUUCAAAAACGUGGUCCUACUGCAUUUUCCUCACUAAUAGAGGCUCUUGAAGAAACUGCUCAUUUUAAUUUAGCACGAUUGUUGACUUCAUCUGACCAUGAUAAUAACCAAAACUCUUCGUACAUUCUUAACAAUCAACAAAACAAUUAUGAAAGAAGUUUAUCUCAGACGUCUAAUAGUCCAACUGAGGUUACACAACAUAUACAUCCUUAUGUUUUGCCACCAACGUCAAAUAAUGAGGCAAUAAAAGCUAGCGCAAUAGAAAAUCAAGCUCAGGUUGAUAUGUCAGUUAAUCCAAUUUUAAUUAAAGUAAAAAAGGCUACUCAGUUUUAUGACAUGAUGGAUACUGAAGAAACUAAAUAUCCAAUGAGAUCCAAAAAAAGAGGUGUCUACCUUAUCAUAAAUAAUAUAGAGUUUGUCAAUGAUUGCGAACAAAAACGACUGGGGGCUGAAAUAGAUCACAGAAACUUACUUGAAUUAUUUAAACAAAUGGACUUUAUUGGAGAGGAUUAUAUGAAUCUUAAUAUGCAUGACAUACAAACGGUUAUAACAAAGUUUUCUUCAAAUACAGAACUAUUACAUAAAACUGACUGUUGCAUAGUUGUUGUAAUGAGCCAUGGAAAUGAUUUUAAAAGAGAUGGAUAUAUUUUCUCAUAUGAUCAUAAUCCAGUAUAUUUAUCAUGGAUUACUGACUGUUUUAAUAACCGGCAAUGCCCUUUAUUACGUAAUAUACCUAAAAUAUUUAUAUUUCAAUGUUGUAGGGGUGAUAUUUCAGAUAAUUCACUUAAUGAUGCACCUACUUCUAAAUUAGCUAAAUCUAUGGUUGAUGGAGGUUCAACUAUGCGUGCUAUGCCCACAUGUAGUGAUAUGUUAAUUUGUCAUUCCACAAUACCAGGGUUUCAGUCCUAUCGGGAGGCAGAAACUGGUACUUGGUACAUUAAUACAAUUUGUAAUAUAUGGGCAGAGAAUGCGUGUGAUACAGAUGUUGAAAGUAUGAUGAAGCAAGUUGCUGUAAAAUUCAGAAACUUUUUAACAUCUGAUAAUAAAAUUCAGACACCAUAUUAUGAAAAUAUCAGUUUUAAUACUUGUUAUUUUCAUCCAGGGUUAUAUAUUGAUGUGUAAAUACCUAAACUUAUUUUUAAAAGACAUUUUAUUAGUAGAUAUAACAUGAACUUUAUAUAUUUUAUAAUUAACUAAAUGUGAUUUUA